AUGUCUAGUUCUGUCCAUCCGCUGGCCGCCUUGUGUCAGCUGUGCGUCACCGCCGACAAGCAGGCCAACUUAUGCACUGCCCGAGGCCUGCUUGAAGAGGCCAAGCGGCGAGGGGCCCUUGUGGCCUUCCUUCCCGAAGCCUUUGACUACAUCGGAUCCAGUCGAGAGGAGACCUUGGCGCUGUCCGAGACCCUGACGGGUGAUACAGUGACGCAGUACGCUGAAAUGGCCAGAAAGUUGGACAUCUGGUUGUCUCUGGGUGGCUUCCAUGAACGUGGACCGGAGUGGGAGGCCCAGCGGCGAAUUUACAACUGCCACAUCAUCAUGAACAAUCAAGGCGAGAUUGUGUCCACUUACAGGAAGUGCCACCUGUUCGACGUGGAGCUUCCCAAUAAGGGUAUCUCACUCAAGGAAAGCGCUUUUGCCAUCCCCGGACCCUCGCUGGUAGCGCCGGUCCAAACUCCCAUCGGCAAGCUCGGUUUGGGAGUCUGCUACGAUUUGAGGUUCCCUGAGUUUUCGCUGGCGUUGCAGAAGAGCGGUGCGGAGAUCCUGACCUUCCCAUCGGCCUUCACGCCGGCAACGGGAGCCGCUCACUGGGAGCCACUGCUCCGGGCGCGAGCCAUCGAGAACCAGUGUUAUGUUCUGGCGGCGGCGCAGGUGGGCUGGCAUCACGACGGGCGCUCCUCUUACGGCCACGCCCUGGCCGUGGACCCUUGGGGCACGGUGACGGCCGACUGCGGGGGCGAACGAGCGGGCCUGGCUCUCGUGGAAGUGGACUUGGAGAAAAUUCACAGCGUCCGCCUGAACAUGCCGCUCGGAAAGCAUCGCAGAGAUUCCGCCUUUUACGCCAGGCUGGAGACCCUGUGUCAAACAUCACAAGACUGA